AUGGCUGAGCUGGACGUCCCUUUGGACGAGCUGGACACUUUCAGCUUGCUCCUUCCACUCCCCUACCGGCUCGCAAGCACGCUGGUGCUCGGCGUAUGGCUCUGGGGCGUCAAUUUGCAAGUAUUGCAAAGGCACGGCAUUGAUACGCCUGCCCUGAUCCGGUAUUCAGCGCGCACCGAUCCACCACCGCAUUUGUCGGUUUACCGCUUUGCGACUGUUCUUACAACGCCACUUGCGGCCUCUCUGAUCUACUUCUGGUGGUGGACAGCCGGCGGACAACAAGAGCGCGUAAUCGCGCACAGUCUGGUGCCGAAUGUCACCCUCAUCCUGGUUCUGGCCCUAGCAUUCCUCAUCCCGCAACGAUGGCUCUAUCCCAGGGAGUUUUGGCCCGCUACGGGCCGCCUGCGCCUCCUCCAUACAUUUCGUAGGAUACUCGUUGGUGGCAUUGCACGUCCGGAGGAAGGAAAGUUCGGGGAUGUCUUGCUAGCCGAUGCCCUGACGUCUUAUUCGCGGCCCUUGUCCGAACUCUACAUCGUGUUUUACAUGAUGGCACAUCAACAGGCCACUACGAACCGCAUUGAUCGCUCCUCAGCUAUUGCCGUGCCAAUCAUCAUGUCAAUCCCAUUCGUGAUCCGGUUCAAGCAGUGCAUCACAGACUGGCAGCCCUACAAUGCUCUGAAGUAUGCAACGGCAUUUCCGGCGAUCGCUGUUUCUACGUUCAUGCGUCUGGAGGAACCUUAUAUCAAUCAUGGCAACCUACACGCCAUUUGGAUGCUUACCGCGCUUACGAAUGCACUGUACUCGUACUAUUGGGACGUCACCCGCGAUUGGGAUCUUACCUUGCUAACGCCGAAGAGAGCCUCGCCAGACCAUCCAUAUGGCCUGCGCCGUACCCGUAUCUUCAGUGAUACGCGACUAUACUACGCCAUGAUCUUCAUUGACCUCCUUCUCCGCUUCGCUUGGGCGCUCAAACUGUCGCCCCAUCUCGAGCAUUACUAUGACAUCGAACUUGGCAUUUUCCUGCUUGAGCUGCUAGAAGUCGUGCGCCGCUUUCUUUGGAUCUUCUUCCGCAUCGAGACGGAGUGGGUCCGAAGUCGCCAACCCUCCGGCAUGGUAGUCUUGAGCGAAUUGGGGCCGAAGAUAGAUGAAGACUAA